UAUUUACGGAGCAUGCGCACGCUCCUCUUCCUUUUUCCAGUGCAGUGGAGUCAAGCCCCAGUCUCUGGCUCCGGGCUCCUUCAUAAGGAGACAAAAAUACUGCAAAAAUGGGUUUUGUAAAAGUUGUGAAGAACAAGUCCUACUUCAAGAGGUACCAGGUCAAAUUCAGGAGGAGGAGAGAGGGAAAGACCGACUUCUUUGCCCGCAAGCGCCUGGUUGUACAAGAUAAGAACAAGUACAACACCCCCAAGUACAGGUUGAUUGUCCGUUUCUCUAACAGGGACAUCUGCUGCCAGAUCGCCUAUGCAAAGAUUGAGGGUGACAUGAUAGUCUGUGCUGCCUACUCACACGAGCUCCCAAAAUACGGCAUUGCCGUGGGUCUGACGAACUACGCAGCAUCCUACUGCACUGGUCUGCUGCUGGCCCGCCGACUUCUGAACAAGUUUGGCCUGGAUAAGGUGUAUGAAGGCCAGGUGGAGGUGACAGGCGAUGAGUUCAACGUGGAGAGCAUCGAUGGUCAGCCAAGCGCGUUCACCUGCUACCUGGACGCUGGGCUCGCAAGAACCACUACAGGCAACAAGGUGUUCGGUGCCGUGAAGGGGGCCGUGGAUGGAGGUCUGUCCAUCCCCCACAGCACCAAGCGCUUUCCUGGUUAUGACACAGAGAGCAAGGAGUUCAACGCAGAGGUUCACCGCAAGCACAUCAUGGGCGUCAACGUGUCCGAGUACAUGAGCUACCUGAUGGAGGAAGACGAGGACGCCUACAAAAAGCAGUUCUCCCGCUUCAUCAAGAACGGAGUUGCCCCUGAUGCGAUCGAGGAAAUGUACAAAAAGGCUCAAGCUGCCAUUCGUGAAAACCCAGUCCACGAAAAGAAGCCAGUCAAGGAUGUCAAGAAGAAGAGGUGGAACCGUGCCAAGCUCUCCCUGGCCCAGAGGAAAGACCGUGUCGCCCAGAAGAAGGCCAGCUUCCUCCGCGCUCAGGAACAGGAGGAUCCAGAAUGAGGGGUCACUCUGCUCCGUUCCACACAUCAAGAUUUGUUCUAAUAAAUCUAUUGAAAAAGAA